GUGUCAUGCUGGCCGCUGUGGAGUCUGAAAUGAGAUCCAACCCGUUCUCCGGCAGAUCAACCUGCUCUCCGACAACCAACGCGGACUUUAAGCGGCAGGACGCGGCUCGGUGUCAGAGACCCGCCCGACCCAACCGAGCAUGAAGGGAACAAUGUUUAACCCCCCGCCUCGGAACCGUGAAAACGCCCCCACCGGUGACUCUGCAGCGGAUCCUGUUCGCAUCAACACAUCCCUGCUGAGCCCGACGACCUGCGAGGCUCCCUGCGAAACGACGUGGCCGCCGCCCGGAGCCAGGAUGCGGAUCUCCAAGGCCAACAAGGGCGCGGUGGUGGUGAGAGUGGUCCGGCGGCAUUCCUCCCCGCAAUCGGCCAGCCUGGAGGAGGUCUGGAGUCCGAGAGAGGAGAAACCCCGGAACCCCGAGAGGAAGAAGCCGUCGGAAGCGGCUAAAAACGGGGUUGAAGGGCAAGGUGGGGGGCCACCCCGGAGCAGGAAGAGCCGGUUCCGAGCCCCCGACGUGAGGACCAUCUUCUCCCCCGAAGAAAAGGACCCCAGAGUGAAGGAGGAGACCGGGGAGGGACACACCUUCGAGCCCGGAGGCGAGAACAACUGGUGCGAUGUGUGCUGCAAUUAUAUCCUUCAACACGGACUCACCUGUGCAGGUUGUAAAUAUGCUUGUCAUGCUGAAUGUCGAGAGAGAGUGUCACUCGACUGCCAUCCUGCUGCGUCGCCUCUCAGUCAGGACCAUCUGAACAACAACAACACGCCGCUCCAUGAUGUGGAGAAGGAACGAGAAGUACGGACGGAGUUCAGCAGGGAGGAAAUCCAGCAGAAAAUUGACCAGUACAACUCUCUGACCAGAGACUACCUUAAAAUGACUCUGAACCCUACUGGUGUGUACACUGGUUUCGUCAAGGUCAUGAUGGAUCUGAGGCGACCGGUGACGGUGCGCGGAGGUCAGAGGGCAGCGGGAGGAGCCACGAUGGGAGAGGCCUUCUAUCUACCGCGAGGAGUCAUCAACACUCUCCACAUCAGCUCUGAAAACACGGUCAAGCAGGUGAUCAUGGCGCUGCUGAACAAGUUCACGGUGGCAGACAACCCGGCCAAGUACGCGCUGUACAAGCGUUGCCGUAGAGACGAGCAGGUGUAUGUGUGCAAGCUGGCGGACGUUGAGAAGCCGCUGUUCCUUCGCCUGGUGGCCGGACCCGACCUCGACACGCUCAGCUUCGUUCUGAGAGAACAACAGACCGGAGAAGUUAUGUGGGACGCCUUCUCCAUCCCAGAGCUGCGAAACUUUCUCCGGAUACUUGACAAAGAGGAGCAGGAGCAGAAGGAGGCGAUAAUUCGCCGCUAUGAAGUCUGCCGCCAGAGACUGCAGGAGGCCAUGAUGGCGGUCGGAUCGCCUUCGUAGAGGAUUUACCCUCCAUCAAACCAAAUGGACGUUGUUUUUCUGUUGUAAAUCUCCUCGGAGGUGAACGUGUUGGUGGAGGGACGGCUGUGAGUAUGGAGGGAACCAGCACCUGGACGGAGGGAUGGUUUGGAUAAAAGACUUGAAGGACAAAUAAGAAAAUAAAUGAACUUGUAGACUUCCUUCACUCGCCAAAGAUUCAUUCACAUGCCACAUAAUUUCCUCUCAACCAUCCCUCGUUCUUUUUUCUUCUGCUGUCACAUAAUUUAUCUUGAUUCCUUUUUGUUUCUUUCACUUUAUUUUGACUAGUGAAAGACUUGAGGCUGUAUUUUUUUAAUUUAAUGCCUUUGUCUUAAAGGUUUGUAAAUAUUAUUUCUUAAUUUAUAUGGGGAAAGCUUUAUCUUUUUUCUCCUUUUUUUUUUUUUUUAAAAAAGCGAGUCUUAUUUUGUUUUAUUUCGAGAAAGAAACAAACGUGUUUUUGACGCAGACAGAAUAGUUUAUCAGGGCUUUUACUAGAUGAUGAGUCAAUCAGAUGCAUGUAAUUAAACAAAAACUCUGAGGAAAUAAGAAAUGAAAACUAGAUGUAGCUGGAAAUGGAGUAUUUCUACAGAAAAAGUAGCUUUUUACAAAACAUAUGGAGUCCCAGAUGUGCCAAACUCAAAAACGUAUACAUUUAUUUUAACUAAAGAAGUAGUUUAUAUUAAAUGUCUUGAAUUGCUUUUAUGUUUUAUUAUUUUAAAAAAAUCAAAAAUUCAAGAUCCACAUGUUGAUAUCAAAUAUUUGAUUUUUUUUUGUUACAUUUAUUUUUUUUAGUUCAAUAUUAUGUUCAAGUCAUUUUUUUCUUUUUCUUUGAAUUUCGGCAUGAUGUUAGAGCCUGACCACUUUUUAAAAACAUUAAUUUC